GGAGUCUAUGCGCGCUGGACAGCAGUGGGAGGUGUGUGCGACUAGCUGUGGCCGCAGACCUUCGGGCUCAACCGCCGGGAGACUAACACUCGGUGACGGGGCUGCCGGGCUACCGGGCCCAGCUUUCAGAGGCGUAAACUGAUGAGACUGGCUGGUUCGGCAGUGUCUCCUUGGUCUUUUAAGUACACCAAGCGGGGACCCGCGCUGAAGUAGAAGCUGUCUAGGGGAGCACAAGCCCGGAGUCCCAGUGUGGCACGGAGGAACGGAGCCCGUGCCAGGGCAACCCAAUCGGGAGCCUGGGGACCGAGCCCGCGUUUACGGGAGAUCCCCGCUUCUUCCCAGGGGUGUCAAUCCCGGGACUAUCGAGGAGUCUGGACCGUCAACGAAUCCUCGGUGGGGAGAUCCCAUUGGGAAGAGGGCGCGGAGUCCCAAAUAGUCUCGGGGAGCCGAGCCGAAUCAGGCGGGAUCACCCGGGGGCGCCGAGCCCUCGGAGGCCGCAGCUCAUGCCAGGGUUGGGGGCGCCUGCCCAGUGAGUCCUCCUGGCCGGCCGGGCGGAGGAGAGCGACACCGAAGCCGGCGGCUACGGAGGAUGGGCGCCUGAGUGGCUCGGAGCGAGCGCAGCGCGGCACAGGCAGGCAACGCAAGCUUUGCUGAGGAGGCGCCAGGGGAUCCCUCAGUGCAUCCUGCCCCCGGGAAGAUGGCCCGGCCUGGGCAACGUUGGCUCAGCAAGUGGCUUGUGGCAAUGGUCGUGUUGACGCUGUGCCGGUUGGCCACACCGCUGGCGAAGAACCUGGAGCCCGUGUCCUGGAGCUCCCUCAACCCCAAGUUCCUGAGUGGGAAGGGCUUGGUGAUCUACCCGAAGAUUGGAGACAAGCUGGACAUUAUCUGCCCCCGAGCAGAAGCGGGGCGGCCCUAUGAGUACUACAAGCUGUACUUGGUACGGCCAGAACAGGCAGCUGCCUGCAGUACUGUGCUGGACCCCAACGUGCUAGUCACCUGCAACAGACCACAGCAAGAAAUCCGCUUUACCAUCAAGUUCCAGGAGUUCAGCCCCAACUACAUGGGCCUGGAGUUCAAAAAGUACCAUGAUUACUACAUUACCUCGACAUCUAAUGGGAGCCUGGAGGGGCUGGAGAACCGGGAGGGAGGUGUAUGCCGUACACGCACCAUGAAGAUUGUCAUGAAAGUUGGACAAGAUCCCAAUGCUGUGACACCUGAGCAACUAACUACCAGCCGGCCCAGCAAGGAGGCAGACAACACUGUCAAGACAGCCACCCAGGCCCCUGGCCGGGGCCACCAGGGUGACUCUGAUGGCAAGCAUGAGACUGUGAACCAGGAAGAGAAGAGUGGCUCAGGUGCAGGUGGGGGCAGCAGCGGGGAUGCCGACAGCUUCUUCAACUCCAAGGUGGCAUUGUUUGCAGCCGUUGGUGCUGGCUGUGUCAUCUUCCUUCUCAUCAUCAUCUUCCUGACCGUCCUACUACUUAAGCUACGCAAGCGACACCGCAAGCACACACAGCAGCGAGCCGCUGCCCUGUCACUCAGUACCCUGGCCAGUCCUAAAGGGGGUAGUGGCACAGCGGGCACUGAGCCCAGCGACAUCAUCAUCCCUUUACGGACUACAGAGAACAACUACUGCCCCCACUAUGAGAAGGUGAGUGGGGACUACGGGCACCCCGUCUACAUCGUCCAGGAGAUGCCACCCCAGAGCCCAGCGAACAUCUACUACAAGGUCUGAGUGCCCAAAGCAGCUUUGAGCCCCGAGGGACAGAUGGCCUGGAUGGACCUCUCCUUUGUCCCCCACACCCUUCCCCUUGCCAGCUGUGCCCACCUUUGUAUUUAGUUUUGUAGUUUCUUGGCUUUUAUAAUUCCCCUUUUUCCUGCCCCCUGGGCUUUGGAGGGGGGUGCUUGUGACCCUGACCCCCAUGCUCUCGUGCCUUCCCCCUCUGGCCAGGCCUGUGGGCUCUGUGGGGGCGCCCUUUCUUGGAGGGCAGGGUUGGACACUGAUGGACAGUAGGCAGGGAGACAGCCCCCUGGCCCUGCCCCCUCCCUCACUCCCUUUCCCUUUCCCAGGACUGCUCGUCCACUAUCAUCAUCACUGUUUUUUAAUGCUUUUAUGUUCGUUUUUUUUUAGCUGUCAACUCAUUUUCAUCUGUUUUUGAAUAAAAAUGGAAAAAAUGUACAAGGUAGCCCCUCCCCAGGCUUUCUGAGCCUGGCCUGACCCAGUAUAGGAGGGCCUGGGGCAGGAUGUGGCCAGCCAGGAAGCAUAGGAUGGCAUUUCUUUUAUAGACUCCUUGGUAUUUCAGGGGUGGGGUGUGGGGGAGGGCUGGCCAGGGCUGUUCCUGACCAUGAGGGAAUAGGAGAGUGCUACUGGGCAAAGUGUCCCACCAUCCACUCCUGACCCUCCUUCCAUAAAGCUCAUCCUGGCAGUGGGGUAAUGGCUGCCACCCUUCCACCAAAAAAAAAAAA